GAAAAAUAAGAUGUUUACAUUAUCUUAAAACAUAAGAAUGGAGACUACUGGUUCUUCUCCUAAUAAAACAGUUUCAUCAAGUUUUGCAAGUAAGGUAAAAGCACUUUUGAUGAGAGCAUGGCGAGAGAGAUGGACAGAACAUCAAUGGGGACUCCAUCUCAAGGCUGUGGUCAACAGCAGUAAUGGAGAAACUAAAGAGCUACCAGAAAUCCUUUUACAGCAGGCAUUAGUUGGACCCAAUCCCAAUGUUCUCAUCAUAGGUUAUCUAAAACACACUGUAUUGUCACAGAUGAUACCACCUUGUUCUGUUCUGAGUUUGGUACAAAAGUAUGAUGAUAUCAGUAAACCAUACUGCACCAUUGGGCUGAUUGAGGUUACAGAAGUCAUAGCUUGUAACAUCAGCUUCACCAGUGGAUUAGAAUCUAGUGUGGUUCUGUGUAAAUGUCUACAGAAGACCCUCCACUGGCUGAUGAUGUGUGUACUUCAGUCCCUGAAAACGAUGAAAGACAUGCAGCAACAACAGGAGUACAUCAGCAUUAUUGACAGUGCAAGUGUGGCGGCCCACAAGAUUGCAGAGAACCCCACUGUCCAGGCUUUACUGUAUGUGGCCAUGUCUGAGGAUCAAGAUAACUAUAGAGAGUAUGAGCAGACAGUUAUUAAUGUGCGGGGUACAUUGAGUCAAUCCUUAUCAGAUAUGUUGCCGUCACAGACAAAACAGAAAGUAGGGAUAGCUCUGCAGACACUCUCAAAGGUACAGGACAUGACCCUUCCUAGUCAGGCUCUGUGUGAAGUUUCACAUCUUGGUAUCUGCCCCACCAUUAACACUCUAGUAACCCUGGAGGCCAUAUUGAAUCCCACCAGUGAUGUUCAACCCUUCAUUGAUCAACUAUGUGUGUCCGAGAGAGUUCUGCAUCUACCAAGGCCAUUCUUGUAUUGUGAAAUCAUCAGGGCAUGUUUUAUGGGAUUAAAUAAUUGUGUAGACACUCCUGAAGAAAUUAAGUGGGCAGCUUUUACAUAUCUUAAGCUGCCCCAGAUUCUGCGGUUUAUGAAGCAGCAGUCCCCUAGUCAGGACAUUGGGGAGGAUCUGUUCCAGGGAUUGAGUGAACUCAUGAACUCUGUACCUCUCCUUGACCUUGUGGACAUCAAACUUAAGUGUGAAUGUCUGAAAUAUUUAGUUGGGGAAUUCAGCAAAAAUGAUUUACUGGAUAAAAAUCAGACACAGUUGCUUCUGAACAGAAGGAAUACUAACUCUGGAAACAAGAUUGAGACCAGUGGACAGUCAUCUCCGAUCCUAAUCCUGCGGAAUGAACAACAGCUUCCGAGAAUCAUAAAGGGCCUGAGUAAUUUCUCACACCUUGAUUCAGGAAAGGAAACUGCUACCCUGGAUAAUUCUGACUCUUCAAAGACCCCAGGGGACAUGAUGAGUUUUCUGUGCCUGUUAAUGUCAGGGAGGAACUUGGAUUUUAUUUUAGCGGGGGCUGCCUCCACAGGGAAACUGCAAAGCCUGGCAAACAAACUGGUCAAGAUAAAUGAGUUUGCCAAGCAGAUGCAAGGGGAGACUGGGAAAAUGGCACAGACUCGAGUCAUGCUCUUUGACAUUUCAUUCUUGAUGCUUUGUCAUGCCUCACAGUUGUAUGGACUGGAGAUCACAGCCCCAUCACCAGAGUACACUGACUCUUUUUUCCUCCACUGGGCCACCAGGUGUCUCCCCGAAGAUGGGAAAUACAAGUGUAUAGAUAACUUUACACCAACAGAUCAGAGUAAAUUAGACAUCCUUAUUCAGCAUCUUGUGUCUGGUGUUGACAUCAGCAAACUCAACAUUACAAGGCUCAAUGAAUAUUGUUUGAAUUUUCCACUGGCUCUUCAAGAGAUUCUGAUUGCCUGGGAGCAUGGUGCAAUUCCUCCAGACAAAAUAAAGAUGAUCAUAGAACUCAUCAAGAACAAAAUGUGCUGUAUUCCCAUCGUGCUGUGUGCUUGGUUGUGUAGUUACAUUAGUGUUGUACCAGACAAAGCCCGUGAGAAGCCAUUACAAAUGAUACAGAUGUUACAAGCACCUGCUAUGAAUCCAGAUCCCGACCUUAAUUAUAAUGAAAGAUAUGCACUUAUGUCUCCCAUCCUUCAGAAACUGAUUAAUGACAUACUGCCUGUACCUCAGCGAGUGAACUUUACAAACUAUGUGCCAUCUGACAAGCUACCCAGUGAGGUCAUGGAUGAGUGCAUUAAGAGUGUGUUCAAACGUGGUUGGCUGGACAUUAAAUCUGUCCAGACGUUGGAGUAUCUUCUCAAUCUAUGUGGAUCUGACUGGUUUUGUGACAGAUGUAUAGAGGCAAUGCUAGAGAGUAGUCGCCUAGAGGACUUGAUGAAGGCCUUGAGUCUAGUGUAUGCUAUUUUCCACAUGGACCUGGAACACAUAACCCUUAGCCUGCUGUUCCACACCCUGCCACGCUUUCUUCAGACCACACACUAUCACCCCCUGCUCACUGAUCCCCGGGGCAACAUACUGGCCAAAUUAUCAGUCAUGGUUCUAGUGUCAGCACAGAACUCAAAGAAUGCUGAGAAAGACACUAUACCACAUUUGAGAAGGGGCAGAAAGCGGUCAAGGAAAGAGGUGGAGCUUGAGGACAUGGAGGAGACAGAAUGUCGGCCCGUGAAGCGAAGCAAGUCGUCAUCUCUGGAGCCACAACUCACACUGGAUUCUGAAGGAUUUAACUUUGAUUUUCUAACAGCUAAGGAAGAUGGAGAAACUUCACCAACUUUUGAUGCAAAAGAUCCAUUAAAUAAAUCUUUGGCUAACCUGAUGCGUUUGAUGAACGCUCUAUCCCAGGACAGCCUCGUCUCACCUAGACUGAGUUUUAUCAUAAGUUUUGUUCGAGAAGCCAUCAACUGUGGCAGUCAGAAUGCUAAGUUUAUCCUGCAGUUCAUGCCACCACAAAUGGUAUCCAAUCUUCUGAAAAGCGUACAAGGUGUUUUAGACAACAGACACAUUCUUCAUAUCUGUGACCUCACAACAAGUAUUGGCAGGAAAGUAGCAACUCAAGCCAUCUGUCAGAAUUCCAAGCUUCAAAGACCAGCUAACAGUGCUUAAACAUGACAGUGAAUCGUUGGUUUUGUUGAGAAAAAAAAAAACACAAGACAUAUUAAAUAAAAGGUGACAUUUUUGAACAAACUUGAAAAAUAGUGAUCACAUCAGUUCUAGUAAUAAAGCACGGACUGAAUUAUACCUUUGUAUAGGUAUGAAAACCUAUUGUACAUGUAUAUCUCGCUUCCUAAUCAUAUGAACUUCAUUUUUUUUCAACAGGAGUAAAAAUAAAAUAUUGAACUUC